GAGGUACAACAAUCAUGUUCGUACAGUCAGUCAUACCAUACAAUACAUGAUCGAUCAAUCCAGCAUUUAAGGCGUGUUUGGUGGUUACAGUUAUUCCAUUCGUCUGCUUCAGUAAUUGCAUGGUAUGUUCGUACGUUGAAUUGAAUAUAUUUCUAGUCCAAGUUGUCUUAAUCCAACAUGUACGACAAAAACCCUUAGCGGCCAACAUGGUUUUCUUAAUUAGACAGUUGGUGAACACAAGGAUGAAAGAAGGUGAAACCGUGACAGAUCACGUCAACGAGUUUAAUUCAAUCAUAUACAUGUUAGGUUCGGUUGAGAUUAAAUUCGACGAUGAAGUUCAAAUAUUACUUUUGUUAUCAUCUUUGCCCGAUAGUUGGUCCGGUACAGUCACAGCAGUUAGUAGUUCGGUUGGAACCACUAAGCUUACCUUUGAAGGUUGUUGAGGUUUAGUCCCGUAGAUCCGUAAGCCCAACAUAAACUUCGGAUAUUAAGGACGAUGGAUUCGGUAUAAAAGUAAUAAAUAUAUAAAAGUGUAUGAACUAGCUAUUUUUACGUGGAAACCCGGAAAGGGAGAAAAUCACGGGACUUUAUAGGCUAACGUCCAAGCCCGCUCUUUCUCAUUAAUAUGCUCUCCUCACCGUUAGGGAGUCAUUUUAAAACUCUCCAAGCAGCAGUCUCCAAAGACCAAUGAAGACAAAGAAGAAAUGGCUAAAGUUCCUUAUGCAUCACCGUUGGCAGUUUGAUGUACGUGAUGGUGUCAACAAGGCUGGACAUUGCACAUGCAGUGGGAGUUGUUAGCAGGUUCAUGUCAAAUCUAGGGAAGGAACAUUGGGAAGGAGUUAAGUGGCUAUUGCGCUACUUGAAAGGCACUUCUGAAACUGCCAUAUGUUUCAGGAGGAAUGGUGUAAUCCUAGAAGUAUUUACCGAUGCUGAUUUGGGGUGCUGUUAUGAUUCCGGAAAGAGCACUACGGGGUAUGUAAUCACUAUUGGAGGUACGGCGAUCAGUUGGAUGUCCAGACUACAGUGUGGCUCUUUCAACCACAGAAGCAGAGUAUAUGGCCCUUGCUGAAGCGGCCAAGGAGUUGAUCUGGUUGAAGAACUUUCUUUCGGAGUUGGGCAUGAAGCAUGGAGAUUGCGUUCUAUAUUGUGACAACCAGAGUGAUAUUCAUCUCACGAAGAAUCCGGUGUUUCACAGCAGAACGAAACACAUCAAGAUGCGGUAUCAUUUCAUUCGAGAGUUGAUUGAAGAUGGUACUAUAAAUUUGAAAAAGAUCAUUGGUACGAAGAAUCCAGCAGACAUGCUUAUCAAGGCGGUGACAACGGAGAAGUUGAAGCUAUGCAUCGUUUCAACUGGCCUUCCAGAAACUUGAUGAGAAGGCGUGAAUGAGAGAGAGAGAGAGAUCAGGGGUUUUACAGAGGAUACAUGUUCUUGGAUGGCAGAUGAUUGUUGAACAAGCAUCCAAGUGGGAGAUUGUUGAUGAUGGAGCCUUGUUCUGAAUGCUAGAGCAGUUACCCGACUGGGUACAUUGGGUUACCCGAUCAGGUAUGAAGAUGAAUUUGGCCGGGCAACUUUCUCGAAGUAAUACCCGACCGGGUAGGGUUUUUUACCCGACCAGGUAUGUUGACAGUUUUGGACCAGAGGAGAUAUCCGCCUGGCGACAAGACCGGGUACCGUGGAGAAAAGUCUUCUAGGAUAGAUACCCGACCGGGUACAGGAGGGUACCUGACCGGGUAUGCGGGAAAAAAUUAAUACGGGCGUAGUUUUUGGGCCUGCGGCUCUAAUUAUUGUUUAUGUUUCCUUAAACCUAUUUAAACGACUCUUAUGUACUUGUAAACCC